AAUUUUUCUGCUCGCAACGGGCUGUGAAUUUUUCUUACCAUAGUGCAAAAAAAAAUAUUAUAUAUAAACACCAAAGACCUAGACCCACGAUCUAACAAGUAUCAACAACAUUGGUGUUCAAUUUCAAUCACAUUCGUUUUAAGAGAUCUGAAACUAUGUCGAAAAGGAGUAGUAAGAUCUUGUCCAGAUCUGACAUCAUCGAUCUCAUUGCCGAUGGGAAAGUGAUUGUCAUUUAUGAGAAUAAUGUACUUAAUUUAACUCAUUGGAUUAAGAAUCAUCCAGGGGGGGACAAGGCCAUCUACCAUUUAGUUGGUAGAGAUGCCACUGAUGAAAUGAAUGCCUAUCAUUCCUAUGAAUCCAUUGCAACCUUUACCAAAUGGAAAAUUGGUGAAAUAGAUCAAUAUUGGAAGAAUUUAUUACCUCCUCUUCAAGGUGGUAUCUAUAAAAGGGGCAAAUAUGAUGAACAAGAUAUUACAACAGCAGAUGAUUUUGAAAUGUUACCAAGUAGAAGUAAAUCAUUAGAUGACAAGUUAGAUAAUUUAUCAUCUUCAACUAGUUCAUCCGAUGAUGAAACAGCCUCUCCCGUUAGUUCCACAGCUCCAUCAGAUGAUAUCUUUCCUAAAAACUAUUCAGCGGGUUAUCCUCAUGUUAAUACGGUUAAACCAGUAGUUCCUCAAAAUACUUUAAUAACAGGUAAAAACAUAGAUCAAUUAUUCCCAUUAGGUAAUAGCGAACAAAAUGAUUCAUCAAAGAAGCCUAUCGUUGUGGAUCCAAAAGUUCUAAUGACAAAUUAUGACAAUGAAUUAACCCGUAAAGAUAUAUUACAAUUACCUGCCUUAGAUUAUAAGACUCAACAGAAUUUAAGAGAUAAAUACAAUGAAUUACAUGAUAUAAUCAUUCGUAAUGGAUUCUACGAUUGUGAUUUAUGGAACUAUGGAAGAGAAUUAAUCAAAAUUGGAAGUCUUUUCCUUUAUGCUUUUUCAUUUUUAAAAUUGAAUUAUUUAACAUUAAGUGCUGUCUGUAUUGGUAUGGCAUGGCAUCAAAUGACAUUCAUUGCUCAUGAUUCAGGUCACGUCUCUCUUACUCAUAAUUAUCAACUUGAUAAUUUGUUUGGUAUGAUUAUUGCUGAUUGGUUUGGUGGGUUGAGUUUAGGUUGGUGGAAAAGAAAUCAUAAUGUUCAUCAUCUUGUAACUAAUGAUCCAGUCCAUGAUCCAGAUAUUCAACAUUUACCAUUCUUUGCCGUCAGUGUAAGAUUAUUUAAUAAUGUGUAUUCCACGUAUUAUGAUAAUUAUCUUUGGUUUGAUAAAGCUGCUGAAUAUCUUAUCCCAAUCCAAAAGUAUAUGUACUAUCCAAUAUUAUCACUUGGGAGAUUCAAUCUUUAUUUCUUAUCCUGGAGUCAUUUGAUUCGUGGUUUAGGACCAAGAAGUGGUAAAGCUGCUUGGUUCAGAUACUUUGAAUUAGCAGGAUUAAGUUUCUUCUUCUAUUGGUUUUUCUAUUUAGUAGUCUUCAAAUCAAUUGAUGGAUGGGGUAACAGACUCUUAUAUGUAUUAGUUAGUCAUGUUUCAACCAUGUUGGUUCAUGUUCAAAUUACUUUGAGUCAUUUUGCUAUGUCAACUUCUGAUUUAGGAGUUAGUGAAUCAUUUCCUUCUCGUCAAUUAAGAACUACUAUGGAUGUUGAUUGCCCUGAAUGGUUAGAUUUCUUUCACGGUGGUUUACAAUUUCAAGUUAUUCAUCAUUUGUUCCCUAGAUUACCAAGGCAUAAUUUUAGAAGAGUUCAACCUUUUGUUAUUAAAUUUUGUGAAGAAGUUGGAUUAACUUACUCAAUUUAUGGGUUUGGUGAAGGUAAUGAAAUUGUUAUAAGUAAAUUAGGUGAAAUUGGUAAACAAUGUAGCAUAAUGUUAGAUGCCACUAGAAAAUAUGAUGGUGAUUUAUAUUAAAUUUUCUAUUCAUAUUUAAG